GGCGACGCGCAAAUAAUUGUUUCCACAGUACGGAAAAAAUUACAUAGUUAUGAUGUGUUGUUGCUCGCCGUGUUGAUUGUUUUCUAUCGACGGUACUUUCCAUGCACUCAUCCAUCCCAUAUGUAACGCCUUGCAUAUUUAGAAGAACGUGAUAUUUCAUUUUCAAUGUAGCUAUUGAAGCAACAUUGGGGAGUUCAAAACAUUGCUACUUGUCAGCGGUGAAAAGUUACUUGUCUUGCCGUGUAACGAGGUUGCCUCGUUUAAAGCGUUGCAUUCUGCAAAAAUGCAUGGGACAUGUACACAGAAUGACUAUCGUAUUAUUCAAUGAUGGCUAUCGAUCUGCUGUAUUAUAUCGACUUGAGACUUCUUGCCGCGCAACCUUAUAACUUCUAACAAGUAGUUAGGCUUAACGUGAUAAAAAUGUAUUUACAUUCGAAUCGCUUCUUGUAAAAAAAAAAGAAAAGAAGUAGAUGUGAUUGCUGAUCUGUGAGCUCACGUAUGUGAAUCGCAUUAGUUUUUUCUCCUGAGCUAUAAAUAUCGAAUAACUAUUCAUUCAUCAGUGAAUAUUAAUUAUAAACCUAUUUGAUUUGUCAAAAUAUUGUCGCCAUGAAUACUAGAAUUCCUUCACAAACUGGGCUUUAAAAGAACAUAUGACAUUUUAACAGCAAGGAUGUCGACUUCUUUGUUGAUAGUGUUUCUUCUGGCUCUGUUCACGGAUGGACUAGGGGUAGAACAGAGAUCAGCCAAUUGGGUGUCCGGUGCCUCAGGGGGAACGGAUCUGCUACUCUACAAAGGAGACGAAAAUAAAAAUGAAGCUCAUGAUGAAAGUCAUACAUUGUGUGCCUACCUGAUGACAAAUUUUAUAAAAGACUUCAAUGUAACAGCUGGACAUCAUUUAGACAAAGAAAAUAACACUCAGCACUGUACUAAGACCACCGAUUCCUGUUAUGCUUUAUUCCAAAUUGAUCCAAAGAACAAAAGCACAAUAUUUUUGGGUCAAGGAUGUUGGGACUCAUCUGGUUCAAAUUGUCAGCAGACACAAUGUGUGGCAGUCAAAAAGCCUACCACAGCAGCUAUUGAUACUAUGUUUUGCUGUUGUUCUGGAAAUUAUUGCAAUGCUAAUGCCUCAGUAGAUUAUGCAAGACCCACAGAACCAACCAUUACAACAUUCCCACCAUACAUGCCACUGCCGGUGCAGCUGGUACUCAUAGCUGCGCUUAUAAUUGUAUUAGCUCUCAUCAUUGCAAUCGGAUACAUCCUGUCCCGUAUAUACUGUACCAGCCCAAAAAGGAGCAAUGAGUCUCUUCACCUGAUGGAAGCACCCCCUCCCCCUCCAAACUAUGACUUGGACACUCUGCGAAUAGUUGAUGACAAAGCAAUUGGACAAGGAGGUUAUGGAUCCGUUUACCACGGAAGCUUGAAUGAGCACAGUGUUGCUGUGAAGAUUUUCUCUCACCAGAAUCAAGAUUUUUUUUAUAAUGAGCGAGAUAUCUACAUCUUGCCGCACAUGGAUCACACUUCAUUGGCAAAGUAUAUAGGAUCAAAAGAGAGAACUACUGAGGAUGGAAAGCCAGAAUACCUGCUUGUUGUUACUUAUUCUCCUCUAGGAUGUCUUCAGAAUUACCUGCGAGAUAAAACUCUUGACUGGAACCAUUUCUCUAAAAUGGCUCUAUCAAUAACCUGUGGACUUGCUCAUUUGCAUACUGAGAUUAAAAAAGCAGAUAAACUUAAGUACCCAAUAGCUCACAGAGACUUGACAUCUCGAAAUAUACUGGUGAAGCCUGACCUCAGUUGCAUGUUGUGUGACUUUGGUUUUGCAGUUUGCAUUUCUGGUUCUAAAUAUUUUAUGAAUGGUGAAGAACAUAUUGCAGAGAAAAAAUCUUUAGCUGAGGUUGGCACUCUCAGAUAUAUGGCUCCAGAAAUUCUUGAUGGCGCUGUAAAUCUUCGAGAUAUUGAAUCAUCUUUAAAACAAAUAGAUGUGUAUGCUCUUGGCUUAGUAUUGUGGGAAGUAGCAUCUAGAUGUACAGAUUUGUAUCAAGGCUUACCUCUGCAAGAUAUGCCUGAUUAUAAAUUGCCAUUUGAGGCCGAAAUUGGUAAUUCACCUACUAUGGAGCAAAUGCAAGUUCUAAUUUGCCAAAAGAAAGUGCGUCCAAGGUUCCCAGACAUAUGGAAAUCAAGCAAUCCUGCAAUUCGAUCCUUAAAAGAAACCAUUGAAGACUGUUGGGACCAAGAUGCAGAGGCUAGAUUAACAACUCUUUGUGUUGAAGAGCGUAUAGCUGAACUAAAAGUCACGUGGGAACGACACAAAGCUGGAACUGGCAUUAAUAGCAUAAGCCCAACACUCAAUACAAGUGAUGUGAAGAAGUCAUCUAAUUCCUUGAAAAAAUCAUUUGACAGCAAUAUUGAUUCCUUCGAAAAUAAUGACGAACUAAUUUGUCCUCGUGAUCGAGUCAAUAGUGUAUCUGAGUGCACUACUGAAACUUUGCUUUCGCCAUCUGAUGCUCUCAGCAAUGAAAUAAAUAACAAAAAUAGCCUGAUCAAGAAUAAUCCUUUAGUUACAAAAGUGACAGUUCCCUUGCAAAGUUUCCAAGGGCGUAACCCUUGCAUGGAACGAAAUUUGAUGCAGGAAGCAUCUGAUGAUCUAGCUGUGUAUGGCAAUAGUUUGAGUGAUCGUUCGUCAAAAUAUGCUGCCGACAACAGAAUUUAUUCUUAUUCCGAUGGAGACUUUAAUUAUGAUCAGCACAAUAACAUUGAAGAUGCAGAGCAUACUCCUAAUGGAACUGCCAUUCGCUGCAACAUUCCAUACGUUCAGAACCACGUUGGUUCUGGACCAACCAUUCCUAAAAAGUGCAAUACUGUGGGAAACAAAGGUUCAAAGGACUAUUUGAAUGUCAUGGAGAAGCGCAAAGGCUCGUUCAACAGCAAAAAGUUGGGCAUAACAGCAAGAAUAAGGAUGUUGUUAGAUUCAUACAUUCUGGAUCAUAAAACAACAGUCAGUAAUAUUUUGCCUGAAGAGCAGCAGCCAUUGAAAAACUCAGGAAUAUCAUCUCCUCUUACACCAAGUGAAUCUUAUGAUACACAGGGUCAGACAAAUCCAGUAGAUGUUUCGUGGCUCGUUACUAAUGGAAAAGAUGUUCCACUCUGUGCUGAUACAAAAAUUGUGAUGCCAAUAGAGGACUCCCUUUCAAAAAUUUCUGCAGAACUUUCAAAUUCAACUGUGGACCCCAUUUUAAAUGGCAGCAUUUCUACAUUGGAUGCCAGCGAAGAAAAUGAUUCCACCAAUGAAGGAACUGACGAAACAAAACUGAGUGAUAAAUUGAAACGUCCCACUACCUUGCCUGUGCAGUCAUUCAAAGAUGAUUUCGGGGACGAAAUAGAACUCGAUCUGUCGGAUUCCGACAUCUCGAAGGAAUUAAUGAAUGGAGAAUUAUCAAAUCCUGAUAUAUCUCAUGAUAAAACUGUGUCUAAUAUUCGCCGUAAAGGCAGCGGCAACCGUCAGAAAGUUGUGAAGAGGGUGAAGACUCCAUUCAGGAUUAACAAUCGAUUUUCAUUGCACGAUGAUACCAUCAUGUCCUCGCAUGAUCUAUUAUCGUCCAGUGGAACACAAGUAUUGUGUUCGGAGUUAAACAGUACUAAGUUUUCCGCAUCUGUUCCUUUAAACAUGAACACUCUUGGUUCUUCAGCUCAGAAUUCUUGCCAUGUGCCAUCAAAUCAAAAGGAAAAGGUUGAACUUAAUGAAAAUUCUAAAGCAAAGCCUUUGAAUGGUUUUCCUUUGCCUAUAAAGGUUCCUGUACAUCAGGCCCCGGUACAGAAUCAUUUAUUUUCAUUAUGUGACAUUUAACUUGGCGGUAUUGCUACUUCACCUCUUUUCAUUCUUUUUGUAGAUUAAUUCUGCAACAUCAUUUCAUGCCUAUCAAUGUGCAUUGCCUUUAUCCUAGCAAAGUUAGUACAAUUAUAUCUUGCUGUUCUUUCAAUUUAAUACUUAAAAAAUAUUUAAACAAGAUUUUUUUCAAAAAGUUAAAGAAAAAGACCAAAUUUUUGUAUGGUAAAAACUUGAUUAUCCGAGCUAUUUGGGACCGCUAGUGCUU